UUUAAUUUACACUACACAUUGUGACUGUUUUAUAUAGCUAUUGAGAAAAGUUCCGGGGGAAUCAGGCCUGUAUUAAAUUUAAAGAAAAAACAAAACAUUUUUAUUUAGCCUUAAACGUGUUUUUAAAUUUAAAUUAAACCAAUUAUUUUAAAAGUAGAAGCGAGACAACUAGUGCACGUGACAGAAUGGUAAAUCAAAUCUUGUUCUUAUGUUGCAAGUGAGAUUUGCAAGUUAAAAAGUAAUAUCUACAACAUUAUAAUUUAUAUAUAUAUAUAUACUAAUUAUAUAUAGAAUACCAUACAUUGCAUUACACACCCUUCGUGAAGAUAGAAGCACAGAAAACGGUUCUUUCACCAAUUGCUGAAGAAAACCAUCUUGAACAGUUUCCAUAAACCUCUCUCUCAUGAUUUGACUAACGUUUCCCAAUCUGUAUGCCUGAAAUUAAUAUCACUCAAGGAACGGAGUGUGAUCUUGCUGACUAGUAACUUGUAUUUCAAAUUAUAUGAGAAAUCUCAAUAAAGCAAUCAACUUGCAUUUAUAAUGUGAAGUAUUUAAUUACACAGUUUUACAGGUUACAAGUAAGCUUGUAUAAUGUUAAUUUGAGAAGAAAGCAAAAAAUUUUAAUUCACCAGAAGAAGUACAAAAGACAUUUUGAACUUAGAACUGGCAGAUGUGAAUGUAAAGAGACACUGAACAUGAUGAUGUGAAUGCAAAGAGACACUGGGUUUAUUUUGAAGAUAAAAUUAUGGCAGAUAUAACUCAGUCAAAAGAGUCAGUGGAAUCAGAUGUGAAUAACACACGUACUACAGAAACAUCUGAAGCUAUGGGUGGAACAACACCAGGAAGAAAACCUACAUGUAUUAUUGUUUUGGGUAUGGCUGGAUCAGGGAAAACAACAUGGGUGCAGAGGAUAAAUGCACAUCUUUAUGCUAAAAAAAAAUCUCCAUAUGUGAUCAACUUAGACCCUGCAUGUAAAGAAUUACCAUAUCCAGCAAACAUUGAUAUAAGAGACACAGUGAAAUACAAGGAGGUUAUGAAGCAAUAUUCUCUUGGACCUAAUGGAGGAAUAAUUACAUCACUUAAUUUAUUUUCUACUCGGUUUGAUCAGGUCAUGAAGUUCAUUGAUAAGCGAAGCUCAGAGUGUGAAUAUGUUAUAUUUGAUACACCAGGACAGAUUGAAGUUUUCACGUGGUCUGCUUCAGGCUCAAUUAUUACAGAAGCAUUGGCAUCAGCCUUCCCAACUGUAGUGGUCUACAUUAUGGACAUAGUUCGUAGUGUCAGUCCUGUCACUUUCAUGUCAAACAUGCUGUAUGCUUGUAGUAUAAUGUACAAAACUAAGUUACCUCUUGUGGUUGUUAUGAACAAGACAGAUAUUGUGGACCACAGCUUUGCUGUCCAGUGGAUGAAGGAUUUUGAAACAUUUCAAGAAGCACUCCAGGGUGAAACAUCUUAUAUCUCCAAUCUUACAAGUUCUAUGAGUCUGGUUCUUGAUGAAUUCUAUGGUACACUUAAGUCUGUAGGUGUGUCUGCAAUUAGUGGUCAAGGAGUUGAAGACUUCUUUUCUGUUAUUCAGGCAGCUGCAGAAGAAUAUGAAAUGAAUUACAGACCAGAGUAUGAAAGAUUAAGAAAAGAAAAGGAGAAUGCUGUAAAACAAGAAAAGGAAAGACAGUUGAAGCAGGUUGAGCAAGAUAUUGGAGAAGGAGAAAAUGUUCCUAUUCUGCCUUGUGUUUCAGCAGCACCUCGCGGGACUGGGAUUUAUCUUUGUGCUGGUUCUGAUAAUGAUGAUGACAUGUCUGAUGAAGAAAGGAGGCCUACAGCUCAAGAGGAUGAGGAUGAACAACAAGAUUACGAGUCUUUUAGAGCAUUUUUAACCAGAACUUGCCAAGGAAGCAAGUAGUUGCAGAGUUUUUUAUGAUUACUUUAUUUCAUUUUGCUGUAAUAUCUUUUUUUUCAAUAAUAAAGAUUGUUUUAUUUCA